AUCGUCUUCAACAGGCCUUACUUCUCUCUCUCUCCGCACAGUGGAUCCCACUAUGGCUCUCCCAUACAAAGAUGCUCUUCAACGACUUGAAAAUCGACGUGUCAAGGCAACACGUCCAUUGAUCCCCCCACAAAUUCUUCAAGAAGAUCUACCCUUGACGUUCCUCGCAGCGCACACAGUCCUCGAGGGCCGUCAAGCUACAGAAAAAAUCAUUCGGGGCGACGACGACCGCUUGAUGGUUGUUGUUGGGCCCUGCUCCGUGCAUAACGUCGAUGCUGCUAUUGAGUACGCUAAGUUGCUCAAGCAAUAUGCGGACAGCGCAAAAGACGAUCUUCACAUUGUCAUGCGUGUCUACUUUGAAAAGCCGCGCACAACCCUGGGUUGGAAAGGCUUGAUUAAUGACCCUGACAUGAACGGAAGUUUCCAAAUAAAUAAAGGACUCCGUCUGGCUCGCACUCUCUUGUUAGACAUAGCCAAACUUGGCUUGCCUGCCGGUUGCGAGUUUCUAGAUACGAUCAGCCCUCAGUAUACCGCAGAUCUUGUUUCCUGGGGCGCAAUUGGCGCUCGCACAACCGAAUCACAGGUGCAUCGGGAACUUACCUCGGGACUUUCAAUGCCUACGGGUUUCAAGAACUCCACCGACGGUUCAGUGAACGUCGCAGUUGAUGCCUGCCGCGCAGCUCGGAGUGGCCACGUCUUCCUUAGUGUUGGCAAGGAAGGGUUGAGCAGUAUCGUAGAAACAGACGGAAACCCCGAUGUGCAUGUUAUACUCAGAGGAGGGUCAAAAGGACCCAACUACGCUGCUGAAUUCGUUCGCGAUUGCAGCCAGAAACUACGCAAGGCUGGCCUUCCCGAGAAAAUCAUGAUAGAUUGCAGUCACGGAAACAGUCAGAAGCAGCACCGGAAACAGCUGGAGGUCGUUGAAGACAUCGUUCAGCAACUCAGUUCGGGCGACACCUCUACCACUAUCAUGGGGGUUAUGCUCGAAUCUAAUCUUGUCGAGGGUCGACAGGAUAUACCCUCCAGUGGCCCGGCUGGGCUGAAAUACGGCCAGUCCGUAACCGAUGCAUGCGUUUCCUGGGAGAUGACUGCGCCCGCUCUCGAUCGCUUGAGGCAAGGGGUUCAAGCUCGCAGGGACCUUCGUGCGCGAUCCGUUAUGGAGCACAACCCACUGACGAACGGCGUGAAUGAACUGAAGCUCAACGGCGCAACCAACGGGGUGCAUGUCAAUGGCACGAGUAUCUAACAUUAUAUCUGCGGGUGAGGGUACAGAAGAUAUGUUCAAGUUCAAACUCUGUACGAUGUCCGAUGUGUGUGUAUCCAUAGCAACUAUGCGGUCGACUUAUUAUUAUGCCAUCUAUUUUGCCA